AUGCUGAAUCUUAUAUGUCGGUUUCUUUUACUUAUACUCGUUGUUAUCGUUGGUACUGAUGCUGUAGUGCGAACUAUUAAAGUUGGCCCGGACUCUAUACAAAAGGAUUUUGAUUUUGCUGUGGACGGGGAUGUAUUUAGCUUCGUAUGGAGUGCUGAUGUAAAAACUCCUGUGAGAGUGUAUGAAGUUAACAAUAACCAGUCUUGCGCGAUAAUGUCCAAAGGAAUCGAUAGCAAGUUUCAUGUAUAUCCGAAUACAUAUCAAUAUACUACCGACCCCGAACCAAUUCGACUUACUGUGUAUCCGUCACCUCCAAUAAUAUAUGAUUUCUAUCUUACAACUCAAGAUGCACAAAUAUGCGAUCAAGGGCCCGAUUCACGUUUAGAAAUCGAAGUGUAUAAGCCAGAAGAGGCACCAACAAACACUGACAUACCGUCGUCCCAACCAACUGAUCCGUCCUCGGACAUUAUCUCAACUUCGGCUGCGAGCAACUCUCCAACGUCUGCAAGUAACACUGCCACAACAUCCAAUGCGACACCUCAACCAGCUUCAGCAGGCAGUACUAGCAACGAAGCUAGCUCUCACCCCAUAUCCAUCCUGUUGAUGUCGAUCGUUACAGUAAUUGGAGUAUAUUUGUCAUUCAUAUGA